AUGUCAGACGUAGAGGACCGAGACCUCUCCGACGAGGAGGAUGAGGACUCGGAUGAGGAGGAUGACCUCACCAGAAAGUUGAAGCAGGCCACAUCUGAUAUGAAGAGCAUCUUCAAUGGUAGAGCAACCGAGGACGACAUCGAUGACUUCAUAAACAAACAUCGCGAGGUUAUGGUCCAUAGCGGUCCAGAUGCAACAUUUUUACAUACCAUCGUCCAAUUAGUCUGUGAGAAGACCAAUGAAAAGUCUGUCAGCGCCUUAGAUGUCCGUCCGCUGGUGGAGAGGUUGGUACGCCAGUAUCCCGACUUGCUGAGGACCCGGAAUGAUGAGGGCCAGACUCCUCUGUACCGGGCCAUCUACCUCAAGCGAUAUGCGUGGAGGCUGGUCGACUAUAUGUUAAACGCCUGCUCCGACACACAGUGUAUUGACGACGCGCUCGAGCUACCCUAUGGAAAGGGCGAGUCCCUAAAGACCUGUCUGACUCUGGCCUUCGAGAAGGAUCUCAAGCCCAAGGUGCUCCAGAACCUCAUCAGGCAUGCCAGUGAGACGGCCUUGGAGCUCAAAGAUGGCACUAAAAGAACGCCGUUUCACUACGCAGUGCAGUAUUCGCAAUGUAGCGACGAACGAGUGGGCAUCAUCAAGUUACUCCUCGAGAAGGAUUGUCAGGCUGUUGACCAGCUAAAGGCGAAGGCAACCUUUCAACCCAUCAACACAUUCCUGGACUGCAAGUACAUUCGGAACGAGGAGAAGACCGAAUAUUCUGUCUAUGCCGAGCAUGAGAGGACCGCAAGGGCAUACAUGGCCAGUGAACUCGCUAAAAAGGAACGCGGGGAUACGAAAGUACCAAACGCUAACCUCGCGAUUCGAGAGAAAGAACCGCCCAAGGCAAGCCUUCGCGAAAAGGACCCAAAAAGCCGCGGUACUGGAGAGCGUGACCCUAAGAAGACAGAUCGUAAUCGAGAACUUAGAAAGCCUGACCUGGAGAGGCUGGACGAGAAUGAGAGGCGGCGGCAGCUUCUCAGAGAGGAAGAACGAGAGCGACUGGAGCGAAAGGCCAGGGGAGAAAAGGGACAGCCGCGAGAUCAAGCAUCCGGUCGUGAUCGCUCUCGCACAAGACCAGGUCGAGACCACCGAGAACGGCCGGAUGAUGCGAACUUGAGUAUCCUCAAGGUAAUGACUAAUUCUAUCGGGAGUGACCAUGCACCCAAUACGCCGUUGAAGAGGGUGCCGACGCAGAGGUUCAAUGUCGAAGAGGAGAAAAAGAAGGAGCAGAGGCCUUCUACCAAGAGUAUCUCCAAAAAGCCAGAUCCCAAGAUCCUGGCCAAGAACUCGACCAAAAUUCUCAGCAUGUUAAAGUUGCACUAUAUGCGGACGCGGAGCAUCAAGAUGGCUACCUCCUUUCUCUACGGCAAGAACAUCCAAGAAGAUAUCCAAAUCUGCUUCGACUACGAGGGCCUGCCGUCCGUGAUACAAGACACCGUUUUCACGGAGCGGUUUGGAAAGGACCGCAAGAGCGGGAUCUGCUUCGACGAGGUGUUGAUGUAUGUCAGAUUCCCGAACGUGACGGUAAAUCGCACUGGGAGGAGAGCACCGAAGCCUCGAGCGAUGGGACGACAGGACAUGGAAUUCUUCUUCGACUGGCUCUACACCAAGGGCGUCCGACGCAUUCUCAAGGUCGAGGUUGAUGAUAGCGGCAAGCUCCCUCACAGCGAUGAGUCGAUCCAGAUUGCCCUAGAGAAGAUAGUAGUAGAGCACCUGGACUGGCAGAAAACGGAUCUAGACCCUCGGAUCAUCGUCCAGGUCGGCCGCAAAGCGGAAGAUUUUAGCUCUUCCGAGACGGAGGCCACAGGCCAGGUCAAAAACAAGCUGCGAGAGGUGACGCUACGGUGGAGUGGGAAUAAUGCCGUCCUGCGAGCCUGGAGCGAACCGGAAGGCUUGCCGCAGUUGCCAGAGCUCGAAGUCAUCAACUUGAGUAUUCCAGCACAAGCCGAUCUUUAUGACACCAGGAAUUGGGUAAAGGCAAACUUGGAAGAGUUUCGGGUCCGCCUCAACAAGAAUGCCAAUGCAAAGCCAAUAGUCGAUGUGACAGCUCCGAGCGAGUCGGGAGAUAUCGAGACCUCCUCAGAACCCAAGACUGAGGGAAAUACAACGCUGCCUCGAAAACGCAAUAUUGAAGUCGUCGUGAGGGAAGGCAAGAAGGGAAUUGAAAUCCCCGUGUCAUCCAGCGACAUAUCCAAGCCAGCCGGCAGAGCCAAUCCCAUCACUGAACACGAGUGGCUCACCUGCAUGGAGAGGUUCGCCGGAAGCAUGGAUAUUUUCUGGAAGAAAACGGUUGAUAUAUCCCUCGACAGUUUUAGCCAUGACCCCAGCGACGGCAACCAGCUGUUGAACGUCGAUAUGCAAAACCUGACUGACCUGCAGAACCUAAAGAAGGAUGUCGUCGUGGCGCUGAUCGAUGAUGGUGUUGACUCGUGUGACUCUGCCUUCUCAGGCCGUGUCAUUGGGGGUAAGACCUUCGAUUAUCAGGAUGGAGGUGUAGGGCAGUAUUACAUCUCAGCCCGAGGCCAUGGUACAGAGAUGGCCAGAAUGAUUCUGAAGGUCUGUCCCAUGGCUAGCAUCUACUCUAUCCGGUUCAAGACGCACUCUAGCCCUGACAAGGCCCACUCUACCAUCGAUGCCAUUUCCGCAGCUUCGGCCAUUGAAGCCGCCUUGGAGAAAAACGCGACGAUAAUUUCCAUGUCGUGGACAAUUCCCGAGCCACCAGAAGGUAGCGAGGAAAAAAAGCUGCUAGAUGCCGUGCUCGAGAGGGCGUGUUCACAAAAGGUCCUCAUGUUCUGCUCCUCGUCGGACCAAAUCAGUGCCACUAAGCACUAUCCUUCUGCAUACAAGCGUAAGAGGUUUUUCCUGAUCGGCGCAGCCCAUGACGACGGGACCGCCUUUGGACAUGCCGGGAAGGACAACGACUUUAUUUUCCCUGGUGUCAACGUAAACACCACCGCCGGUAGCAGCUUACCCGUGUAUCUCGCCGACAAGACCUCAUCGACCAAAGAGUCUACGGGAUCCAGUAUUGCAACGGCCCUGGCAGCCGGCCUAGCGGCCCUGAUCACAUACUGCUUCAAGGCGAGCGCGCUAGCCAUAGUCACUACCAGAGUUCAGCAGGGCAAGGACUACGUCGCUGGGCCAGAGUUGCUCGUGAAGCCAGCGGACGUGGAUAGGAUCAUUGAUCAUGACAUCCUCAAAACGGCGUUCACCAGGAUCGGUAAAUUGGAGAACGGGCAGUUCAUCCAGGUCUGGGACCGGUUCGGGCCGGCGAGUCGCGUGCUGGAGGCCGAGACGAAUACCUACGGAGACAAGCUCACGUGCAUCAUGAAUCUAUGCUCGAAUCUAAUUGAGCGAUGA